GUUGUUCGCAAAUAAAUGGCGUACUGACGGACGUGUUGGUUUUAUUACAGUGGCUUACGAGUUGGGAUUUAAUCAUUAUUUACAGUGUUAUUGCUAAAUUUACGUAAAACUGAGUGCUAAUAGUGAUACGCGGUAAAAAUAACAACAUAAACAAUGCCGAUCGGGAAAAUGAGCGAGUUCGACGUGACGGACGGAACGUGGUCGUCAUAUGUGGACCGUUUGGAAAUGUUUUUCCUUGUAAACGACAUAAAGGAUGAAUUAAAAUUGCCGACUAUGAUUGCUGUGAUGGGAAACGGGGCGUACGAGCUACUUGUGAACCUGGCAAGCCCCAAAAAGCCGGCGGAGGUCACUUACAAAGAAGCUGUUGAUCUAUUACGUCAUCAUUUACAACCAACGCCGUCAGUCUUGGCCGAAAGAUAUCGUUUUAGACAACGUCGACAAAACAAUGGCGAAAAUAUUGCCACUUACGUGGCGGAAUUGAAGAAACUGGCCAGGGAGUGCAAAUUCGAUGCUACCCUUAAUGAAAACCUUCGUGACCAGUUUGUAUGUGGUCUGCGCAGUGACAUCAUACGUCAGCGGGUAUUUGCGGAGGAAGAUACGCUAACAUAUGCAAACGCGAUCAGGAUUGCGACGUCCUUGGAGGCAGCGGAAAGAGACGCGGCAGCAGUAGAACCAUCGUCGGGCACCGGGGCGAGCGGUGCGGGGCCGACGGUAUCAGCUACGGUACAUUCUCUGGCGCCAGGAGGGGCACGCGGGAACCAGGUGCGAGGAUCGCGGGCCACGGGCGGUGGGCGCGGGAGGAGCUUUGGUAGCACAGCGCGGGGAAGCGGGGCAAGAUCGCACACCAUCGCGGAGAACGGCGGUCAUGGCGCCGGCACCGCCUACACUCCAGGCGGCAGAGGGCCCCACCAGGACUGUAAAGGCUGUGGUUCGACAGCUCAUGAUUACACCAAUUGUCGGUUCAGAGAUUAUAUCUGCAGUUUGUGCCGUCGCAGGGGGCAUUUGCGACGAGUGUGCUCGAGCCGUAGUGAGGGCAGUCGCGGGGGAAGCGCCCCGUCAGGAAGACUGCAUUAUGGCCAAGCGGAGAGUUCGGAUCGGGAGGACUCAACCACUGAGGACUUUCACCAUUUGUGUUUAAGUGACUACGGACCGGUGAGUGUACCUAUCACUGUAGACUCUCACAUCUUACUACAAAUGGAGAUAGACACAGGUUCGGCGGUAUCGUGUAUUAGUAGCAAAACUUAUAAGAAACUUUUAAGUCACUAUCCUCUCGAAAAUGGUUGGUUAACACUAAAGUUUUAUAACGGGGCAAAGGUCAAGCCGAUAGGCGUUAUUAAGCCAAAAGUUAGUUAUGAUAAGCGGGAAAAAUAUUUAGAGUUGUUUGUUAUCGAUGGAGGCACUACCUCGCUGCUAGGGAGACAGUGGUUGGCCGAGUUAAAUAUUAAGAUUCCCGAGUUCAGCAAUUGUAACAAUGUAAAGACUGAUGAACUAAAAAUGUCUAAUGAAAUAAAUAAUUUGCUUUGCAGAUAUAAAGAAUUGUUUAGCGGCGGGCUCGGGCGGUACAAUGGCGGGCAGGCAACGUUGCGCGUGCGCGAGGGGGCGGCGCCGGUGUUCCACCGCGCGCGGCCGCUGGCGUACGCGCUGCGCGAGCGGGUUGACGCCGAGCUGGACGCCAUGCUGCGGGACGGCGUCAUCGAGACCGUGGACUGCUCCGACUGGGCCUCGCCGCUGGUGCCGGUGAAUAAAGCUGACGGUUCGUUGAGAAUUUGUGCCGACUAUAAAUCUACACUGAAUCCGGUUCUGCUAAUUGAUCGAUAUCCCUUGCCUAAAAUUGAUGAUUUAAUGGUAAGCCUUAGCGGAGCAUGCUACUUUUCUAAAAUAGACUUAUCCCAAGCCUAUAACCAGAUCGAGCUGGAUGACUCAAAACAAUAUACCGUUAUAAAUACGCAUCGCGGUCUAUAUAGGUAUAACCGACUAGUGUACGGGUUAUCGUCCAGUCCGGGAAUAUUCCAACGUAUAAUGUGAAAUUUGCUGAAAGGUAUACCUAAUGUAGAGAUAUUUUUGGAUGACGUGAUCAUUGGCGGUAAAACUAAACAAGAACACUUAGCGGCCUUAGAAGCGGUGUUCAGCAGGUUACAUAAGGCCGGUUUAAAACUUAAAAGUAGCAAAUGCGUAUUUUUAGUAGACGAAGUCCAGUAUCUCGGGUACAUAAUAAGUAAGGAUGGUAUAAAAACUGACCCGGCCAAGGUCGAGGCGGUACUUCGGGUACCUAGGCCAAGUAAUGUCACGGAGCUCCGUUCCUUCUUAGGUAUUAUUAAUUUCUAUGGGAAAUUUAUUAAGAAUAUGAGUGUGAAGCUAGUUCCACUAUAUGAACUUCUUAAAAAGGAAAAACAAUGGUUUUGGUCUCCAGAUUGUGAACGAUCUUUUAAAGAAAUUAAGGCAAUUCUAGCCAGUGCGGAGGUACUCGCUCAUUAUGAUCCUAAGAAGCAGCUGUUUGUUACCUGUGACGCGAGCUCGCGCGCCGUGGCCGGCGUGCUGACUCAGCCAGGCCCGGACGGCCGCGAGCGGCCCGUUGCCUACGCUUCGCGCACUCUUAAUGACGCCGAGCGGAACUAUUCACAAAUACAUCGCGAGGCACUAGCUAUCAUAUUUUGUAUGAAUAAAUUUCACCAGUAUUUAUAUGGUCGGCAUUUUACUUUACGUACCGACCAUAAACCGCUAGUGUCAAUCUUCGGACCCAAUACCGGUAUACCGACUAUGGUAGCUAGUCGUAUGCAGCGAUGGGCAAUUAUUUUGUCGGCCUACUCGUUUGAUAUAGAAUAUGUGCGAACGGAUAAUAACGGCGCGGACGGUUUUUCGCGGUUACCUGUUAGUAACAAGGGUCAAGACAAAUUAUCGGCGCCGGAGCAAACUUAUUUGCACUUUGUUCAACAAGCCCUCUUGCUAGAUUAUAAUGAAAUUAAAAGAGAGACCGCACGUGACCCAUUACUGUCUAAGGUUUUAAGCUACAUUAGGGAUGGCUGGCCAGAGUCAUGUGAGAUUUCGAAUUUACAGCCACACUUUAAUAGGAAGAACGAGUUGUACGAGGAACUAGGCUGUGUCAUGUGGGGUCCUAGGCUGGUGGUACCGGAAAAGUGUACAGAUAAAAUAUUAACUAUGAUUCAUGAGCCUCACAUGGGAAUCGUCAAAUCAAAGGCGCUCGCCCGCAGUUACGUGUGGUGGGCGGGGAUCGACGAGGCCGUGGAGCGCGUGUGCCGCGCGUGCGCGGUGUGCGCGGCACACGCCGACGCACCGUCGCGGCACACGCCGCGCAUGUGGACUUGGCCUCACCGACCCUGGUCGCGUCUCCAUUUGGACUACAUGGGCCCUAUAGGGGGCAAAACGUAUUUAGUCGUAGUGGAUGCGAUGUCUAAGUGGAUAGAGGUUUUUAAUGUCACUAAUACUACAGCGGGAGGGUUAAUAGAUCGGCUGUGCGAAUUGUUCAGUAGGUUCGGCAUUCCUAAACAAAUAGUCAGUGAUAACGGCAAGCAAUUCACUUCAAAGGAACUCGAGGAUUUUACAAAGUAUUGUGGCAUUGAACAUAUAUUUACAGCUCCGUACCAUCCGGCGUCGAACGGGUUAGCUGAAAAUUCAGUUAGGACAUUAAAGCGGGUGAUCCGUAAGGCAUUGCAAGAAAACCAGAACGUGGAGCGGGCAUUAUGGGCCUUUUUGAUACAUUACCGGAAUAUAGAACACUCCACUACUGGAGAAUCCCCGGCUACGCUUCUUUUAGGUAGACGGUUGCGCACGCGCUUAGACAUAAUUAAACCGGACAGGGAGGGACACGUGAGGCGCGCGCAGCACCGGCAGCAGGAGGCGGCGGGAGGAGUGAGUAGGAGUGUAGAUAUGCAGGACCAGGUCUGGUAUAGGAAGUACUUAAAGGGAGAAAAAUGGUUUCCGGGUCGAAUAGUAGAUGUUCUAGGGCCGAGCAAUUAUAAAGUAUUAGGUGAUGAUGGUGAAACCGUACACAGGCAUAUCGAUCAAUUGCGGAAACGGUCAGUUAACGGUAGGCUAUCUCUCGCAGCUACCACGACGGCAAUAGAACCAUCCGAAACAAUCGGCACAGAU